UGUAAUCAAAAAGAAGGGCUUUUAUUUUGAAAAGCUGUGCGUCUGGUAGCCAUCUUGGGUAUUUUUCGAGGGUGGCAAAGUUCACGUUGCAAGUGAUACAGUAAACCACGCGAGGGGAUCGAUUAAAAGAUCAAACUGGAAGUGUCUGGUGUUAAACUAACAGUGUGCCUGUGGUCCUGUUGAUAGGAAGGGCUCAGCAGUGCCUGGGUGCCCAGGGAGCCACUGCCUGAGUCCCUAGAGGUAGACGCCAAACCACAGGACAUGAGUGCCGCCAAAGGAGGCCUGGUCAUCUUCACGGCCAACUCCAACCCCUCCAGCAGAGAGCUGGGGAGGAGGAUAGCCGAGCGGUUGGGUGUGGAGCUUGGAAAGGUGCAGGUCUAUCAAGAAGCUAACAGAGAAACACGGGUCCAAAUCGAAGAGUCGGUGCGCGGCAAAGAUGUUUUCAUCAUCCAAACCGUGUCCAAGGAUGUCAACACCACCAUCAUGGAGCUGCUCAUUAUGGUGUAUGCCUGCAGGACGUCCUGUGCUCGAAACAUCAUCGGCGUCAUUCCCUAUUUCCCCUACAGCAAGCAGUGCAAAAUGAGGAAGAGAGGCUCCAUCGUCUCUAAACUGCUUGCCUCAAUGAUGUGUAAAGCAGGUCUGACUCAUCUCAUUACUAUGGAUUUGCAUCAAAAGGAAAUCCAGGGUUUCUUCAACAUUCCAGUGGACAACCUCCGGGCCUCACCAUUCCUGCUGCAGUACAUCCAGGAAGAAAUUCCUGACUACAGAAAUGCUGUAAUUGUGGCCAAAUCUCCAGCAUCAGCCAAAAGGGCCCAGUCGUUCGCUGAAAGGUUGCGGUUGGGCAUCGCUGUGAUCCACGGUGAAGCCCAGGAUGCUGAGUCUGACCUGGUGGAUGGACGUCAUUCCCCUCCCACUGUCAAAAAUAUUGGCGCCAUCCAUCCAAGCCUAGAGAUACCAUGUAAGCAUCUCACCUCAGAAAAUUCACUCAUUCUGUUUUAUUGUUUGCCAUCCUAUUACCUAUUGUCUUUUUCUUGCUCAGUGCUAAUACCCAAAGAAAAACCCCCAAUAACUGUGGUCGGAGAUGUUGGAGGAAGAAUUGCCAUCAUAGUGGAUGACAUCAUUGACGAUGUUGACAGUUUUCUAGCAGCAGCCGAUACUCUGAAAGAGAGAGGUGCUUACAAGAUCUUCGUCAUGGCCACUCAUGGAAUCCUCUCCUCCGAUGCCCCUCGGCUAAUAGAGGAGUCUGCCAUAGAUGAGGUCGUUGUUACCAACACCAUUCCACAUGAGAUCCAAAAACUCCAGUGUCCCAAAAUCAAGACGGUGGAUAUCAGCAUGAUCCUGUCAGAAGCCAUUCGCCGCAUCCACAAUGGAGAAUCCAUGUCUUACCUGUUCCGUAAUAUUGGCAUGGAUGACUAACUCAUGUACACUCGUGUACACUCAGUUAUAACAUGUGCAAAGAGGUCAAGACAUUUUCUGUCCCUAUUGCCUGUAUCAUUUCCAGUUUUCUUUUUGUUGCUCAUCAUAACUGCUUCUCCUUGUUGUACGUGUAAUAUUUUGAAAAAAAUAAUAAUAAUAGUGCGCUCAAAGAACCAGGAUGUUCUGCAGUGCGUGAGUUCAGUGCCCUAAAAUGCUGAUGUGAAACGUUCAGAGGAUUAAAGAGCAGGAAUACUCCACCUCUUGACUAGAAAUAUUGGCACUUUUAUUUAAGAUUUGAAGUACUUUAUUUACAAGAAGGACCACUGGAUGUUAAAAUGAUGUCUUCAGUUUUUUUUUUUAAUUCUCAGAUCUGCUCUGUGUUUUGUUUUUAAGAUUUAAAGAAUGAACAACUCCACUGUGGCCAACAGUUACAAAAUGUUACCAUAAAUGAAAGCUAUGCUGUGACAUAUCAGUGUCAGUGCCUCAUGACUUUGUGUAAUUAUUGUGCCACUAGUUGUUUCUGUGUAUCUGUGUGGUAGUGCUGAUGUUAAAAUCAAGAAUUAUUUAAUUCAAGGUACAUUCUUAGACUUCAAUAUAGCGCUUAAGAUCUACAGCUUAAUGUGCUCGAUUGAAUGUUUUUCCUGCUAGAUUCUUGUACUAACACUUCAACAUGAGAGCUUAUAUUUGUUUUUGCCAACAGCGGGACUAUGAAAGCAUCUCUGCCUCAUAAAUGUGGUCAUAGUGGCCAGAGUUUUUAAAUAUCUUGCCUCUGAGAACUUCUCAUUUUUGAAUGAAAUGCAGGGUUUUUGUUAUGUAACUAAUAUUUCAGGCUUUUGUAUUUAUUCUCAGCACUUGAUGACAAUGAAUAAACAACUUGAAGACUAUC